AUGGUGGAAGCCCUCAAUGGCGUUGCCCAUGCUGAAACUUCUCUUUGGUCACUAGAGGCCUCUAUCAUAAUCUAUGGUCUGUGGUGUUUGACCUUUCACCCACAUUGUAUCUGUCCCCUCCUCCAGACUCUGUGUGCGUUGUUCCGUGGGGUUCACCAGAAGAACAAGUCAGCCUCAGGCUUCGACAUCAUCAACAUGCUCGUGGGCUUCGACAAGGCCGAGCUCCGCAUGAAGGACCUGAUGGAGAGUUUAGACAGCCUGCUGUGUGGGGAGGGUUCAGAAAGUCUCAAGGCCCUGUGUCUCAAACUACUGCUGUGUUUAGUGACGGUAACAGACAACAUCAGUCAGAACACCAUCCUAGAGUAUGUGAUGAUCAACAGCAUCUUUGAGGCCAUUCUGCAGAUCCUAUCAGAUGUGUCCACUAGAGGACAACAUGGUUAUGAUGCUGUUGUCCUCCUGGCUCUGCUCGUCAACUACAGGAAGUACGAGUCUGUGAAUCCCUACAUUGUGAAGCUGUCCAUAGUGGAUGAUGAACCAACUCUAGAUGGAAUGGGUCUGGUGGUUGGCCAAGCCCUGACAGAAUAUAACAGACAGUACAAAGACAAAGAGGAGGAGAACCAUGGAGGAUUCUUCUCUACACUCACCAGUAUGGUGGGCAGUAUGUUCAUUGCAGAUGCAGAUGAGAAGCUCUCUGUACAGACCAAUGAGGCGAUUCUGCUGGCGUUGUACGAGGCCGUGCACCUCAACCGCAACUUCAUCACUGUUCUCGCUCAGAGUCACCCAGAGAUUGACAUCCCGACCACACCCAUCACCCCUGUUCCGACCACUCCCACGACUCCGCUUGGCACAACCCCGCUCUCUAUGGACAUGAUGAACUCUUCAGAACCUCUGGAUCCUAACCUUCAGACCAGUAACCUGCUCAUCACCUUCCUCAAGUACUCCUCCAUCGUCAUGCAGGACACCAAAGAUGAACACAGACUCAACAGUGCCAGACUCUGCCUCAUCAUCCUCACCUGUAUAACGGAGGACCAGUAUGCUGAUGCCUUUCUCCAUGAUGACAACAUGAACUUCAGAGUCAAUCUACAUAGAAUGCCAAUGAGACACAGGAAGAAGGCAGCAGAGAAGAACGUCCCGUCCAGACCGCUGGUGUGUGCUGUUCUAGAUCUGAUGGUUGAGUUCAUCGUAACUCAUAUGAUGAAGGACUUUCCUAUGGAUCUCUACAUGCGUUGUGUACAGGUGAUCCACAAGCUGAUCUGCUACCAGAAGAAAUGCAGAAUCAGGUUACACUAUACCUGGAGAGAACUGUGGUCAGCUCUGAUCAACCUGUUGAAAUUCCUGCUGUCCAAUGAGACCGUUCUGUUGGCCAAGCACAACAUCUUUCACCUGGCUCUACUGGUGGUGAAUCUGUUCAACAUGUUUAUAACAUAUGGAGAUACGUUCCUGCCCACCUCCAACAGUUAUGAUGAACUUUACUAUGAGAUCGUCAGGAUGCACCAGAUCUUUGAGAACCUCUACUGCAUGGUACUGAGGGUGUCCACCAACGCAGGCCCGUGGAAGGAGCCUGCCAGUAAAGUCACACACUCACUGGUCAACGUCAGGGCCAUUAUCAACCAUUUCAACCCCAAGAUUGAGUCCUACGCUGCAGUGAACCACAUCUCCCAGCUGUCUGAGGACCAGGUAUUGGAGGUGGUUCGGUCCAACUAUGACACGUUGACCCUGAAGCUGCAGGAUGGUCUGGACCAGUUUGAGAGAUACUCUGAACAACCCAAGGAGGCUGCCUUCUUUAAAGAACUGGUUCGCUCCAUCAGUCUGAAUGUGAGGAAGAAUGUGUCUCUGAACACACUGAGUCAGGACCUCCUGCUCAAAGAGUUCUCCACCAUCUCCUGAGAGACACAUGUAUAUUCCUCACCCCCUGACCCUAUCUGACUACACACACACGCCUCUGUCUGACGACACACACACGCCUCUGUCUGACUACACACACGCCUCUGUCUGACUACACACACACCCUCUAUCUGACUACACACACACGCCUCUGUCUGACUACACACACACCCCUCCCUCCUCACCCAUCCACACACCCCCCUCUCAAAGAGUUCUCCACCAUCUCCUGAGAGACACAUGUAUAUUCCUCACCCCCCUGACCCUAUCUGACUACACACACACCCCUCUAUCAGACUACACACACACGCCUCUGUCUGACUACACACACACGCCUCUGUCUGACGACACACACACUCCUCUAUCUGACUACACACUCCUCUAUCUGACUACACACACACCCCUCUAUCUGACUACACACACACCCCUCCCUCCUCACCCAUCCACACACCGGAGAGGGAGGGUCACACAUCUCUCCCCCACUGCCUCACCUCUCUCUCUCCCCACCUGCCCUACACACACCUCUCCCCCACUGCCUCACCUCUCUCUCUCCCCGCCUGCCCUACACACAUCUCUCCCCCACUGCCUCACCUCUCUCUCUCCCCACCUGCCCUACACACACCUCUCCUCCACUGCCUCACCUCUCUCUCUCCCCACCUGCCCUACACACACCUCUCCUCCACUACCUCACCUCUCUCUCUCCCCACCUGCCCUACACACACCUCUCCUCCACUACCUCACCUCUCUCUCUCCCCACCUGCCCUACACACACCAUACUACUCUGGGGUUGACCUGGCUGACUGGUGGGGUUUGUCUGGAAAUCUGUGCUAUACGCCAUGUGUGAGUGGUUUCUGUCUAAAGAGAUGUGUGAGCGCUAUUACUACAUUGUGUUUGUGUGUGUAUAUUGGCAGGACUGUUACCAGACUGAUCCAUGCAAAUAUCCAAUCUCCUUCCCAAAUUGCACCCUAUUCCCUAUAUAGUGUACUACGUCUGGUAGUGCACUAUAACUUUUGGUAGUGCACUAUAUAGGGAAUAGGGUGCCGUUGUGGGAGGCUGUCGUUGUAACAUUGUAACAUCUGUUGUUAAACUGAUCAUUGGAUUGAUUGAAUGAUUUUUCUUCUUUGUUUUUGUUGUUGAAAAAACCCUUUUAGUUCUAAAAAUGUACAUUUGGUUGUUUGUUUUCUCUGCUCUGUUGGUUGGCCUUCCGUUACUAGGCAACCGAUCCAUCCAUGUCGUUUGACAUGAACGAACGAUCCGAGACAACCGCAGUUUGAUGUAUCAGACAUGGAAUUUAUUUUUCUCUCGGAUUCAGAAAAAAUAAGAAAAUGAAAGAAAUACAGACAAAAACAAGCAAAAGUGUUUCCUGUUUCCUGUUUCCUGGUGACUGAAUGUUUAUAUGGGAGCUAAAACCUUUUCAUUUUCUUCACGUUUUGAAUACAUCCUAUUUUUCUCUCUUUUCAUCUUGAGAAUACAUUUGCCCUAACCUCAUACGACCAUCCUGAUAUCACACGCUUCCAAUCUGUUUUGCAACACGGAUGAAAUGAAGUGAGACUCAGCGGUCAGGAUGGUCGUAUGAGGCUUCAUUCACACAGCCGAUAAGGACAGUAUGGCAGCCAUUUUGACAAGUGGCUACAUACGUAGGCUAUGUUUACAAGCUCGCUGUAUUCUCAACCGUGGUGACGUCCAGCAUUAACAGACUCAUGGAGCCGGGGUGAAGUUUCCCCUGAAUGCUGAUCCUGGGGCAGCGUAGCAUUGUCCCCAAUAACGGUUAAGGUUAUGAUUGGGGAGGGCAAGCUGAUCCUAGAUCUGUACUUAGGGGAAACUUCACCCCGGCGCUAGUUGAUCUUUAAGGUCACAAAAGCUGUUUUCGGGUAACGUUGCACAACAUUUGUGAUCUUGAACAAAGCGCUGCACAAGAGAUUUCUCUGAGGACCCUAGUAUUGAAGAUGGAUAAACAAACAAAUUAUGCAACGCUCUCUUUUCUCUCUCUUUAUUUGACGGUAGGAUUCUCUCUCUUCCUCUCUAACUCCUGUAGCUAGUAGUGUUAUUUGUCUGUUUGUCUUUUAAAAAUAAAAGUUUGUUUCCUACUCCUCA